CAAUGAUUUUCUUGAAAUUGCACACUCCGAUUUGUUUGAAAUAAAGGACCCUGUGACUGGUGUUGCUUGACUGGUUAUUGGUCUCUCAACAAACAUGGAAAUGAGAUUAGAAGUUUUGACAUCAACAAGUAUCAAACAGAGAAAACCCUGGCCCAGAGUAUCCUGGUUGGGUCAAGAAAAUGAAGCUGUUUUUCUUUUGGAUGAGAAAUCCAUAAAUGAGAUUAAUUUGCUGUCGGGAAGAACAAAGAAGAAGAUUCCUAGUCUGCAACCUUUGUUGAAGGAUGUUGUUUUCCUGGCAACAUCCACUAACGAUGUGUGGCUGUCUGGGGUCCUCACCUCGGGAGAGCUGUUCCUGUGGAACAAAGAUCAGGAUUGGUUGAAAAAGAUACAGGUGACCGACAUGCCAAAGGAGGCUAUCAGAGCUGCAGUAGCAAGCUCUUCAAGACUAUACUUAUAUGUAGCUGAAAAUGGGAAAAGAAUUCUGCUUAUUACAUCUUCUGGCUGUAUACUUCUGUGGGAAUAUUUGGAAUUGAAGAAUAUCUUAUCUUCUAAAAGUCUUUCUUUGGUGGGUCAGUGGUCCCAGAUCGUCCCUGAAGAAGGAGUUUUAUUGCCUUCCACUAAAGAUAAAGAAGCUGUGGUGGAUGCUGUUUUUGUGAAAAAUGAGUUACUUGGCGACUGCUGCCUGUGUUCGUUUACGUUUUAUUCUGGAGAAUGCUUGAAGUUAACAUUUCUGGCCAUUCAGUGGUAUGAGACUAUAUUUACAUCUGUAAGGUCAUUCCCAUUCCGUGUUCACUGGGCACAAGAGGAAUGUCUUCUGUCCAAUCUGACCCCUAAGUGUGCAUCAGUAAAGUCACGAGGAGCUUUGAUCUCUGCCUUCUCAAGAGAUGGCCUUACCCUAGCAGUAACUCUUAAUCAGAAAGACCCAACGGCAACUCAGGUGUUAUUUAUAAACACAAUGAAUUUUGUUACUGUCUGUGGUGGCCUUAAAGGAUGUAGUAAUAAGAAUCCCGUGGUCCCAGCUACACUUACCAGGUCAUAUUGGGUUGGUGACAUCAGCUGGACGCAUGACAGUCUUUUUCUGGCUUGUGUAUUAAAACGUGGCUCCCUGGUUUUAUUGACGUGCCUAGGAGAAUUGCUAACGCUAGUUACGUUUGGUUGCUCUAUAGAAUUUGGGCCAGCUGAAUUUAUUCCUCUUCAUCCACUAAUAACAUAUAGACCACAGCAGCUUCCAUUUCAAGAUUCAAAUAAUUGUGUAGAUUCGUCAGCCUCUGAGAGAGAUCCUUUGAGACAGAGGUUUUCUGUAAAAGCACAUUCGCGGCUACCCUACCUUAUUAUCUCUGAUGGCUACAUGGUCACAACCCUUCGGUUUCUUGAUAACCCGUCUCCAACAGUGCUCAUGAGGACCUUGCUUCUUGAUUCAACCCAGAGGCUUGAGAAAGCCUACCAGAGGAUGAUGCUGUCUAAGCCCAAGGACAAAGGGCUGAAUUUGCGAUCUCUGGAUUCCUUGAGGUCUAGCCUGUUAAAGCGUCAAGGAAAGGAAAGUUCAGUACAGUGCACUGUCCCCAGAUUUUUGCAGGCAGAAGAAACAAUGAAGUUAAAUGAAACCUCAGAUUUUCAGGAUUUUGAAGGAGAAGAAACUAAUGAAGUUGAACAAUUUCUAAACAAUUCAUUUUCUUUUUGUAACCAAAGAAAAGAUCAUCUAUUUAAUAUUGUCAAGGAAGGAAGACUGGAGUUUGCAUCUAUGUUUGAUACAGUUCAUGCAAAGGAUGAUUCCAAGGAGACAGACAGAACCACUGCAGAACUUCAUUGUAUCCAGAAAAAACUACUUGCAGCUUGGACUAUAGGAAUUUCAAAAAAUGUAAAAGAAAAAAAGUUAAUGUUAAAUUACACAGUACUUUGCAUCACUCAUUUUUUCUAUAUUCUUCAGUUUAUAAAAUGUCCUUUGCCUACGUUUGGCCUGCUUUUAAAUAAGAGGCUGAAGCAUAACACAUGGAUACUUUGCAUCUUUCAACUUUUUCAUCAGUGUUUAUCGAUUCACUACUGGGAUGUGAGAUAUAGACAAAAUAUGGGCCAUUUGAUAAAGCUCACCACAAAUACUGUAAAGCUUUUAUUGACUCAGCCACAAAAAAAUGAAUUAUUCUCAGAAAAGCUUUUAGCUUGCCUUUCUUUACUCCGAACUGUGACUGACUUUUUAAAUGGCGUAUGCACUCUUCAGCCUGAGGCUGUUCCAGCAGCAGCUGGCGAAAGUAGACCAGCAGAGCUAGACUCGUUAAUGGUACCUGUCUUUCAAGCUUCUAAGGAAAAUUGGUCUUGGAACUCCUCUUUAAAGAUUUAUCCUCAAGUGACAAAUCUUGUUCAGAAGCCAGGUCACAGACUGAUUGCUCUUUGGAGACUAUUGUACAAAAAAACUUUGUGGUAUCAAGCGCAAUUAAGCCGAAGAACUCCUGAUGGUGACAGAGAAUUAACUGAAAAUAUAACACCUGAAGUAUCGUUUGUCAAGACUCUGUUAUGUUAUGUCCAAACUAACCUGCAGAUGGCUGGAGAUAGCUUGAGUCAAGCCUUAGAACUUACACCUAUCAGUGGUGAAGAGUGUUUUCUGCUAGCAUCAUAUGAAAAGUCAGUUUGCCUGUGGAAGAAGGCUCUACAAGAAACCCAAGAGAAAGGAGGAAGAAGGACAUGUUUUUUUCAGUUACGCUACUAUCUGUCUCUCUUGUACUGCCACCUCUACUGCUAUAAUUUAAACGAUGCUCAAGGAUUAUGUGAUCACCUAGUAAGAGAGAUACUCAACUGGUCCCAGCUACCUGUAAAAGAAAGUAACGAUUGCUCAGAUUCUGAGAAUGCAGUGGCUGGAAAUGUACACCCCGAGGCGGCAGUCAGAGUUGUCCAGUGUAUGGCACGUUUCAUGGCUGCCUAUUUCACCAAUGAGCCACUCUUCAUCCUGCCGCCUCACAGUGUGAAUGUUCUUCCUCCACUUCAUGUUAAAACAGAUCAUUCCCUGCGACUUAUUCCUCUACAGCACUCUAAGGUGGCCAGUAUUGUUAGAGAUCAGAAUCUCUCAAAUGUGUGGACAGUUGAAUAUACUCUUGAAUUAUUAUUUAUUGGUGGCCUGAUUCCAGAGGCUGUGUGGAUGGCACAUAAACUUGGAGACUGGAAGACGUCUGUUUCCAUUGGUGUGGCCUUCCAGGUGUUCUGUAAACAUUGCAAUUCUGGGCGGUCCAAGAAAAAGGGUAUGGACCUCCCAUUAAAUAUGAUACCAGCACAGAUUUUCCAGGAAAAACUGCAGUGUUUUUUAGGUCAGCCAGUCUCUUUGGCAGCAAAGAAUGAAAAGGGCUCAAAAUAUAAGCAAUUUACAGAUCCCAUUGAAGAAGAAGAUGCUAAUCUGCUGUUUGGGUCUGUGCAAGAAGUGCUGAAAGCAUCAGUUAUGGCUGAUGCAGACAUUGUUUCAGAAACACUACAGCUGUUAAUGAACUCUGCUAAGGACUUCACUAAGAAGCUGUGGGGCUUAGUGCCCGUCGACUUGUAUCUUCCAGCGCCUCCAUUGUAUUGCCCCCAGCCAGCCGUUCUUAGUGAGGAACAUGGUGACAAUCUUCUUUUAAAAGCUGAAAAAGAUAAUCGCCAAAAGCUGUCUGGAAUCCUGCAGCGAGUUCUCUUGCUUUUCCGGGCAUCUCGGUGUUCUUUUCCUGUAGCACAGUGGUACAUCUUACAGCUGAGGUGGGCAAGAAAGGUCAUGCAGAAGAUUCGAAUGAAAGGGUCCCUUCCUUCUCUUAGUUCUUUCCCUGAAUCCUUACUUAAUUACUGUAGAGGAGGGAUAGCAUUCUUUAGACCUGGAGCGGCUGGAGACCACACGCUUGAUGAAGUUUCCAUCAAAGCCCUAGGUUGCUUCAGAGAACUUUGUGCUUUGUGCUGGAUGUUGCAUAUCCGGGAUAAAUUAUCAUACACUUGUAGGCAGUAUCAGAAAGCAAGAGAAAACGCAAAGAUAGAAAAGGACCUCGAGGUGGAGUUUGAUUCUUGUGUGGUUGAGCACUGUUUUCAUGCACUGGAAUGGGCCUGCAGGAUGCUACCAUUCUCUCGGUUUUUUAAUAUGGAAGAGCUUAUUCAGGAUAUAAUUUUGAGCCUUAUUGGAGAACUGCCACCAAUCAGAAAGGUAGCAGAAAUUUUUGUGAAAGCAUUUCCCACUGCUGAGGCCAUAAGGGUUCCUUUAAGAGAGAAAUACCACUCUCUUCAACAGACACUCAGACAUGCUGUUGUGAAAGGUCCUCAAACCGAGGAGCUGAUGUCUACAGUCAUGAAGUCUGCCCAUAAAGUGAGGGUGAAAGCCCUAAAACGCGUGCAGAGGAACAUCGGCGCUUUUGAGAUGGAUAUAUGGGAGCCGGAUGAAGAAGAAAAACCAGCUGCUGCUCCUGCCGCCGCCACUGCCGACAGGUUUUCCCUGGGGACCAGUUUGAGCAGAAGUACACUCACAUUAGAACUGGGCAGUUCUCUGCUACACAGUGAUGCAGAUACCUUCUCGGAAACGUCUUUUGAAGAAAAACCUUGGAUCUACUUCUAUCAAAGGCAUGCCCCAAGUCGUGUGGAAUUAGCAUUGGUUGGUAAGCCCAGUGAUAGAAAGAAAAUAGGUAAUCAGAAAGAAAACUCCCAAAGGAAAGAAGAUCAUGCAACAUCAGGGAAAGAAGCACUGCCUGUAAUUGGUGUUUGGGAAUUUGAACGUGAUGAUGAUGAGUAUAUUAACUUCCUUGAGCUCUUCUUGAGUUACGUUCUUGAAAGAGACCUUUGUUCCAGUGAUCCUGGCAUUCCAUUUUUGACAAGCUUUUCUGGGCGCCUUAGAGAAUACGAACUUAAUUCUUUACUUUUUGAUGUACAUACAACAUUAAAACGACGCCAGAGCAAAACCAGCAGUGAGAGUGUGUAUAGAGCUGGUUCCUGCUUUGCUGUCACUCCUGAGUCACAGGAAUCUGAAAACCUGUCCUCUUUAAACAGUGUGGCUGCCCGAAAUUUAGAAAGCCAGGCCCUUUCAGCUUCAGAACUAGGUAACCAGUCAGGGGGCACCUCAGAGAACCCUCUACCUGAAGUCGUGAACCUGGAAAGAAGCGUGGGAUUGUUUGGCAUAAAACAAAAGCCAAUUUAUAGAGUUCCAGAUGACAGACGAGAGAAACCCACAGUGCAGAGAUCGUCAAGCCACUCUUGGAUCCCCAAGUCCAUUAAAACCGGAAGACACAGGUUCCGAGCUGUGCAGUGCAGUGCCGGCCACCCUCGGGAAGACCUUCCUCUGGCCCUUCAGAGCAUGUUCGGGGACGCGGGGAAACUGGUAGAGUGGAUGAUCCGAUGGGCAGAUCGGAGACUCCUCUGUGAUUCUGCGGUCACCCGGCCGUCCUGUAAAGACAGCCCAGUAAUUCGUGUGAAAACCUCUGCAGCUGCCAUUCUUACCGCGUUAUGGCUUCUGCAGCGACCCUAUUCUGCUGCAUAUGUAGCAAGAAAGGGCAUUACUAAGGUGCUAGAGAAUCUUCACACUGUGUCUCAAGUGGCAGCCGAGAGGGAAAGGAACACUAACCUUGACUCUCCAGUUGCAGUAGCAGCUCAGACAGGAACUGAGGAGAGAAGUGACCAGAAUGAAUGCCGUCAAAGCCUCUGGAAGAGAAUGCCCACUGAAGCAGGAGCCUGUGGAGUGAAGGAAGCUGAGGGUGAGAUCAUCCCUGCUACUCAUGGGGCUGAGAGAGAAUUUGGAGAUGUUGACGAGAGCCCUUCAGAAGUAGAGUCAUCUACACGAGAUGACAUGGACAUGCACAUCUCAGACGCUGAAGAAGGACCUGUUGGGAGCCUCACAGGUCCCAGUGCUGUCACCUGCAUGCCAGAGUCACAGCUCUUGUCAGAGCAUUCCACCGAAGAGGCUCAGUGUUCCAGGAAAGAACCACUGGAGACCAGUGUGGAUGCAAAAUUGACACAACAGAAAGGUACGAUCGAAGCCUUGUCAAAAUCUGAAUAUACCAUUCCUCACUCACUUUGUAUAGAUGCAAAUUCAGAAACUUCUAGUGCACAGAUUUCUGAACUUAAAGAUAAAUCAUCCACAGUUGCACCCCUCAUGUCAAAUGGAGCCCAGGUUACUUCACAAGCACCUCAGAAGACUCAGGAAAAUGAACACAGGGUUCAGUUACCAGAUUCUUCUGAUUCUGUUAGGCAGAUGCUCCAAGAUGAGAUGUUUAAACUAGUUCAGCUACAGCAGAUCAAUUUUCUGAGCCUGAUGCAAAUAGUAGGACCAUCUGUUGCUAAUCUCCCAGACAUGCAUGGACUUCUUCAGCAGGCACAGUCUGGGGAAAGCCAAGUGUCAAACCCCACAAGGAGUGAUUGUAUUGAAGUCAACAGCAGACAGAGAGUUUUUGCUAAACCACAAUCUGUGAGAGAGUACACCAGGGAGCUUGGCAAGAACAGCCCACCAGACCACGAAAGAAUUAGCCAACCAGAUGAAGAUAGUAAUGGAAGUACACAGGAUAUUCCACAUGGGAGUACUCCUUUGUGUCAAUUAGACGGCCAGCCUAAGGUGAGAGAACAAACUGGAGCACCUCGAAGCUUCGCUCCUGCUUCCUUUCCCGCUCCUGCUAGAAACAGCGGCCUCCAGCUUCUGUUCACACCUGUUGCUGUCCAGAAGAUGCCUCAGCUGAUUCCACCUGCCAGAACAGUCACUCCGGGGAGUGGGUUCCCUUUGCUUCAUUUUCAGCAGAAGCCUGAAUUCAAGCCCCUUUCCUUACCUGUAGGAAGAAUUCCAGAAGUUCCUUUCAGGCCCCAGGCCCAACCAAAAGAGGCUUGGGGCUUGGCAGCCUCUUGGCAGCCUCCUGUGUCUCAGAGAACAGUGCAUACCACGUCUCGGUCUCCUUCAGAUUCAAGCCAUUAUAAUGCUGAAGCCAUGAAAAGAGCAGAGGCAGCACUCACGGGCGUCCCGAAGCCUGCAAGUGUGGGCCGGUGUGCUGGGCAAGGGUUCCUGAUACCUCAGCAGGACUCUUCAGUAUUUAUAAAGCCAGAAAAUGGAUUUGAUGUUAAACCAAGACCCCCAGAGACAGCUCUUCAGAAUUCUUUUGGACUUCCUUUAUUACACCUGCAAUUUAAGCCUCCGUAUGUCUUCUCCACACCAUCAAGAGCAUUAAGUAGAUUUCCCUCAGUACCUGGCACAGAAGGAGGAAAACAUCCACAACUAUCGUUACUUCAUCCGUGCUUGCCCCCAGAGAAUACGUAUAAGAAGCCUCAACUUAUCCCACUUGAGAACCUCCUGGCAUUUAAAAGAAGCCAACAAAAGCUAGCACACAAUGUAUUUGAACAGGGUGAUUCUGCUCGUCUUCAGUUUCUAAACAUCAAUAUGGAAACAUCUGAAAUACCACAAGGAAGGAAGAGGCAGAGCAGACGAGCCGAAAGGGAGCUGCAUGAAGGAAGAGCUCAGAAGCCCAGAAGAAAACCAAAUGUCAGUUUCCGGCCAGAGGAUUCUCUCAUUAGUAAUGAGUCAGAAGUCGUCCUGAAACCCAAGGAACAACUAGGACAUCAUGAUUCACAGCCUUUGGAUAAAUUUGACAUUCCUUAUGAAAUGUUAGAAGAGGAUGUUAAUACUUCAGCGGGACUGCAUUUCAUGGCCUCUGUACGAAAGAAAGCGGUGGGAAGUCAUGAUGCAAGUACAAACACAGACCCAGACAAGGAAGGUACUUCCCAAGAAGUUGAUUCUGAACGUAAGAAAAAUCAACAAGUCAUUUCUACAAACUCAGGCCAUGAACCUUUGAAUGUUCCACAGCCUUUGAUUCCAGAUAUCUAUCUAAAUGUCAGACUUCCCACUGGAGAAGCAGAGAAACCCUUGUCUCCUUCCCCACCUCAUAUGGCUAGACACAUGUUCUUAGACGUGAUUGACAUUGAAGCUGAUGAUCUGUUGGGAUUACCUCCCAGCGAAGAGCCUUCAGAUAAUGUCACCAAGCAGCAGAGCCAUUCUCCUCCACAAGUUCCCUCGUCUGCAGAGUUACACUGUAUGGCAGCUUCAGUUGUCAGUGCUGUUCCCCCUCACACUUUUCAGAGUCAAGAAUCUGCAAGUUCUACUCUGGGUUUAAUUUCGGAACCUGCAAAAACGACCCAAUCCUGUCAGAGUGGGGAAGGCUGGAGACAGAGUGUUGUAGAAGCAAAGGAGCCUGAGAUUCCCUCAGUGAUGACACCAGACCAGCAACAGGAUGGAGAUAUACUAGAACAAAACUUACAGUUCAAGGAACAGAGCACAAACUUGGACCCUGUGGAACAGUCCCUGCUUUGGACCCUGCUACAGGAUGGCUCUCCUGCGUGUCCUCCUCCAAGCCCUGCUGCGUGUCCCACACCAAGCCCUGCUGCGUGUCCCACACCAAGCCCUGCUGCGUGUCCCACACCAAGCCCCUCUACUCAAAAGUUUGAACAUCUUACUGCCAAGCUUCAGAAGAUGGAUGAGCAGCUCUUAACAGUACAGACCAUUGCAGAACAUAUAGAGCAAGACUUCCCUGCACCAGAAGUGCUGAAUCUACACUGGGAAAAGGCUGGAGUGGUGGAUCAUGUUGGAUUAUCUUCUGACCCUGAAAUUGAAAAGCUACUAGCUUCAAAAGCCAUCAGCGUUUCUGAAGUGUCUUCCCAGACUCGAGAGGACAUGGAAGAUCAAAACGAUACAGAGAAGACUUCAGAGACUGAAGUUUCAGUAACAGAAAAUCAUUCUAGCCAGAAAACCUACGCAUGCCCUUCUGCGGGGUCUGCUGCUUGCUCGUCCGUGGACUGGAAUAUCGCUUCUCCUGGUGUGACUAAUACCAAUGAAUUAUUUGAAAGUGUUUCAGAAGAUCAACUCCAGGUGACUGGCUUGACAGAUAUUGCGGACAUCAUUGAUGACCUUAUAACUAAGAGUGGAGUGUCCAGCCACGAGCUUGGCUUAACAGAAUGUCAAGCUAGAAAUAUAUCCAGGAUUCAGCAUCCUUCUGGCCGAUGCCCCCAAAGAACUGACAAGGAGAGACGAGAGAUUAGAGCCUGGAUGAAAAGAAAGCAAAAGGAGCGGAUGGCAGAGUACUUAGAUCAGCUGGCCGAAAAGAGGGGACAGGAGCGCAACCCCUUCUGCGCCAGAAGCAGCCCGUUUUAUAUGACUUCAAGGCAGAUCAGGCAGAGACAAAAGAUGAAGCGUGAGAAAGAUAGGUUGCAGCUGUCUCACCACUAUAGUCAGCGAAUCUCACAAGCAUACUGUCUGAUGAAUGAACUGCUGUCUGACUCAGCACAGAUAACUGCACCUGCAGAUAGACCCUUACCUCACAGACGCCCCUCUGCUCAGCAUUACACACGGCAGCAGUGCUCCCCUCCAAAGAGAGAGAGUUCACAUGGACAGAAUUUAUCUGCAAAUAGACCUGAAGGAGGCCGACGUAUUUACAGAUCAAGUCAUCUCCGUAACGGGGAACCCUUGGGGCAGCCCCAAGGCUCAUCUCAGCUUCGAGGCUCUAAUCCUCCAUGUCGAAGCCGGCGGGCCACUGGGGUGGCUCCUCCAGUGCAGCAGGCAUGCAUAGAAGAGGAGAGGGAAGAGACAGUGGUGAGUCCCUGGACUCUGCCCUCCGAAAUCCACAGGAUUCUUCAUGACAGGCCCGGGUCCCUCCUGCAGGACAUGUCACCAGCUGAAGAGGAAGAGCCCUCUUUUUUGGCGGGUGGCAUGGACAGCGUGUCUGAGAGCACUGGCAGCAUCCUCAGCAAACUUGACUGGAAAGCCAUUGAGGACAUGGUGGCCAGCGUGGAGGAUAAGAACCUGUCUGUGCACUGGGCCUUGGACCAGUAGGACCUGCAUGACAUUCUCUCUCCAGGCACUGGCCAGAGUCUCACGGAUGUGGUCCUCAGAGUUGUGUGUGUCUAAGGCUGUGAAACACUGACAGAAAUGAGAAUUUAUGUCCUGCAGCCUUAGGCUUCUCUGAGUUAAUAAAACGUGUAUCAGUAAUAUUGCCUUUAUUAGGAAAGGUUGUUUAGAGAAAAGUACUAUGUUUUGCAUGUGCCUUAUCUUAAAUACAUGUCAAGCCAGGUUUUCACAAUAUUUAAAUUACUUUGAAUAAAAAAAUUGUAUCUGCUA